GAAGGGGCUGCUACUCUGCCCUCGGGAGCACGGCAAAACGUUAGACGCAUUGCGAUAAAUGGGUCCGCUUCUGAGCUAUCAGCCGUCGUAAAUUUACUUAUCUUCACGUCCAGUCCACCUCGAAGCACUUCAUCGAUUUAUUCUAUGUCCUAUGUCAACGCAAUUCCAUUCCAUACCUAGUCAUUCAAUUUCCCUUGGCAUAGCACUCGCAGAGCUCUCGUCGAAUAGAUCGUCUUUCUUGCUUUCCACUCCACAACAACGUCGGGACCCUACUGAACUCAACUCAAGACAUCCAAUUACUACUGUCUCUCGUCCUUCAGAAUCUCUUAGAUAGCCACAAUGCCUUCUUUUGACGAGAAAAACGCCUACAUCGAAAAAGGCGACGACGUCUUCUUCGACGACGGCCGCGAAGUCGAGCUCCUCCACUUCAUCCACAACAAACCCGACAUCGACUCCAUCCGCGGCUCUCCCCAGCGCGUUCUCCAAGCCAUAGACGAAUUCGCGCGGACCAAAAAGUACCUCAUGAACGUCGGCCAGGCCAAGGGCAAGAUCGUCACCGACCUCAUCGAAGAAGUCAAGCCGGAGACGAUGGUCGAGCUAGGCGGCUACUGCGGCUACUCCUGCAUCCUCUUCGGCGACGCCGUCCGCCGCUCCGGCAGCUCCAGCGCGAGAUACAUCAGUCUGGAGCGCAACCCCGAAUUCGCGGCCGUCAUCAUGUGCCUCGUCGCGCUCGCCGGCCUCUCCGACACCGUGAAAGUAGUCGUGGGCUCCAGCGACGCCUCAAUCAACCGCCUGCACGCAUCAGGCGAGCUCAAGCACAUCGAUCUCAUGUUCCUGGACCACUACAAACCGGCCUACACCACCGAUCUCAAACUGUGCGAGCAGCUAAAGUUGAUCACGCCUGGUUCCGUGCUUGCGGCUGAUAACGUAAUCACGCCUGGCAACCCGCCGUAUCUGGAGUAUGUACGUAGUAGUGUGGCAGAGAAGAGAGAGGCGGCGAAGCAGGGCCCGGUUGAGGGCGAUGGCGUGGAUCCGCGGUUCCCUGGGCGGACGACGCAGCAGUACGCGAAGCGGCUCGGGCAGGCGAAGCUGGAGCACACAGCGAAGGGGAACCCGAAUCUCGUGUAUGAGAGCCGGAUCAACCAUAGCUUCGAACCGACUGGCGAGCCAGACGGAGUUGAGAUCACGAGAUGCACAGGCGAGGAGAAAUAAGCGUAGUAGUAAAGAAGCACAGAUUGAAUUUAGCUAUCAUUCGACCUCCACC